AUGGCAACCAAUAAUAGCGAUUUAGUUGUUGCGAUUCGCCUUUUGGCGGAGAAAUUGACUCAUGAGAGAACUAAGCGUCCCGAUUCUGCUGGGGACAUGUUUGAGAGACUACCCAAGGUUAAACCACCAUACUUUAAGGGGCAAGCUGAUCCUACCGUCUUAGAGAAUUGGAUUAGGGAGUUUGAGAAAUUAUUUGGGGCUGUGAAUUGUCCUGAGAACACGAGAGUAGGUCAAGAUGUGCUAUACUUAAAAGAUGAAGCUGAUUUGUGGUGGAAAGAAAAUGGGGCUAUACUUAGCGCUGCUGAGGGAUUCAAUUGGGAUUCAUUUGUUACUGCCUUAAGAGGGAAGUUUUACCCUUCUUUUAUGAGGAAACAAAAAGCCCAAGAUUUUAUCAACCUUAGGAUGGGGAGUAGGACCAUCUCUGAGUAUUAUAGAAAAUUCAUAGCACUAUCGAGGUUUGCACCCGAGGUAGUAGCCACUGAGGAAUUAAAGUCCCAAAGGUUUCAGCAAGGGUUGGCUGAUGAAAUCCAGCUGGGGUUAGGUGGUGAAACUUUUUCAACUCUAGAUAUCGUGUAUGGGAGAGCCGCCCACAUUGUCGGUCUUCACAUGGAUGGGAAUGUUGUAAUGGGUGAGAAAAGAAAGGAAUUUAAUUCACAUGGAGGAAAUUAA